CGUGAACUUUGUUCAGCCCCAUCGUACCGCCGUUAUCCAAUCCCCGUAGGCCGUAGCCGUCCUGCUCGCCGGCGGUUCAGCAUACCUCGCCGCCAAGCGGUCGCUACAAAUGUCAGAUGGUGGCUAAUAAUCAAGCUAACGGCCUUAUUUUGACAACUUUUCAAGCCCCGCAAUCAAAUUCUCCGUUUCUCAACCCCUGCGGCAAAAGCAUGAUUCAAAGUUGUUACGAAAGAGAAACAGAUUGAUUUAAAAAUUAAAACACGUUCGAAUGAUGAUGAAUAUACAGUGACCAGAAAUGCAUUGCCGAAGCAAACACACUUUUCCGCGGGAGAGUUUCGUCACUAAAAAUAUCAUAACUUUUUUUUAUCAACGUUGCCUGGCCAUGGCUGUCAUUAGGUUAUUAGUAGUAGUGUCGUCAUCCGUCUUUCUUCUUCUGGUUGCUGGGGCUGCCGCCGACGAUGAGGCCGCAUAUUGCGACUCCACGAGCGGCGGCAGCGAUGCUGCGACGGUGGCGAAUCUCGUCAAAGAUUUGAGAGAAAAGGUGCCGGAUAAUCCCCAACAGCGGUACUGCAGCGUGCUGACGUCGGCGUCGAGCGGACUGCAAGUGUUCGGGUACGGUCGCUGCUCGACACGCGACUGGGGUAUGGCGGAUCCCACGUCAGCAUGCCGGGAGUGCUUGUCCGCCGCCGGCGAUGUCCUGAUGGGUAGUUGCGGAGGCAGUGCAGGCGGAGCCGGUGAAGCUUUGGGUCCGACGGCUAUGUGUUAUAUCAAGACUGGAACCUCUAGCUGCGCCUCCAUGAUCUAUUAGUCAUUAACUAGCCCAGGUUGCAUUUUGCAACCUGGCCGUGUUUGUGAUAUCGUAUCGUACUAACUAUCAUGCAGUCUGUCGUGUACUAGUCGAAUUGCAGUUUACGCGCCAUGACUGUAUUUCGAUUUUAUGAAAUAAUGAUAUGAGGUUCUACAACAGAAUUUGUCCUCUGCACAUACAUAUUUCUGCUCCUCUUUUCGUACAUGAUAAACAACAAACAUAAUGAAUCAAACAGCCGCCGGAAAAUUGGUGUAAGUUGAAACAAAUGAAUCAAAGAAUGGAUG